AUGCCUGAUUCUAUGGCAAAAGUCAAGCAGGAGGGUGUGAGCAAAGAGCUCUCCGAGCCCAUACCCGAGACCGUGUCGUUUGAAGGUAUGCGCGGGAUCAGAAGUGUAGCUGGCGACUUGGGAGACCAACGGGUCAAAGGCAAGGUCAUUAUCAUCACUGGUGCAAACUCUGAAAUCGGCAUCGGCCGCGCCAGUGCACAUCAAUUCGCGCGUAAUGGCGCCCGCGCAAUCUAUAUUUGCGACUUCUCAGACUCUCAUCUCGAGAAGCACAAGCGCGAACUCAACGCGCUGUAUCCCUCAACAGAUAUUCAUAUUCGCCAGUUCGACGCCGCAGACGAGGCUCCUGUCAAAAAGGUCUGCCAAGAUGCAUUGGAUGCCUAUGGUCGUCUUGACGUCUUCUUCGCCAAUGCAGGAAUAGCCUCUGGCCGAGUAUUCUGGGAGGAAACCACCGAAGGCUUCAUGAACAUGAUGCGCACAAACGCCCUGUCCGUCUUCUUGGCAGCCAAGUACGCCUCUCGCGCAAUGCUCAAGACUUCGGACCAAAAACCGUACCCCAGCGGCAGCAUCAUCGGCACUGCAAGUGUAGCAGGCCUGCGCUCGAAUGCCGGCCCCACCGACUACGCCGCCUCCAAGGCUGCAGUCAUCAGCCUGAUGCAGACCUGUGCCUACCAACUUACCGGAUCGGGUAUCCGCUGCAACGCCAUCUGCCCUGGGAUUAUUGAAACGGGUAUGACCAGGGCCACGUACGAUGCGGCGAGGAAGAGGGGAACUGAGAAGAAGAUUGGGCAGCUGAACCCGCUGCGGAGAGGAGGACAGCCGGAUGAGAUUGCGCGGGCUGUAUUAUUCCUAGCAAGCGAUGAAGCAAGCUAUGUCAACGCACAGGCCUGGGCUGUGGAUGGUGGCUUGAGUGGGGGUCUGCCCUUUGUGCCAGGGAAAUUGGCAUAA